AUAUGGGUGCUGCUAAUUGUUAAUCAUGCUGUGCUAAAUAGGAGAAUGAGACUACCGAAUUAAAAGUAGGGAGAGAUAAAGUAAAACCUAAACAUGACAAUUCUGAAAAUGAUAUUACACAACAAGAAUAAAAAGUUCAAGCAAAGGAUCAUGAGAGAUUUGUUGUCGAUUAAGAAUAACAAAAAUAGAAAAAAGAAACCAAAAAAGAGCCAAAAAAAGAAGCCGUUAAAGAAACACCUGCUAAAAAUGUUGAUGAGAACUCAAAAAAGUCUUAAGAAUAAGAUAAAUAGUUAAAUAUCUCAGCAAAUCAUUCAGUUAGCAUGAAUGUCGCAAAUAACUAAGAAGGAAAUGAUUUAAUUAAAAGUACAAUGAAUUGCAAUGAAAGAAAAAAGCUGCCUCCCAUUUAAUUAGAGUCUGGAGCUGUUUAUGAAGGAGAAUGGAAGAACGGAAUGAGAGAUGGUUUUGGUAGGUAAAAGUGGCCUGAUGGUUCCGUCUAUGAAGGGGAGUGGGUAGAAGACAAGUCAUCAGGAAGGGUAUUUAAAUUUAUAAUUUUAGGGGAAAUUGACUCAUGCUGAUGGAGAUGUUUAUGAUGGAGAAUGGAAAAAUGAUAAGGCCAAUGGAAAAGGUACAUACGUACAUGUGAAUGGAGCAAAAUAUGAAGGAGAAGUAAGUCUUGUUAUUAAUUUAAAGUGGGAAAACGAUAAGCAACAUGGAAGAGGAGUUGAAAAUUGGCCUGAUGGUGCUAAAUAUGAGGGUUAAUAUUUUGAAGGGAAAAAACAUGGCAAAGGUAUUCUGAAUUUUGCAGAUGGAUCUAGAUAUGAUGGUAAAAUAGUAGAUUUAAUUAUUUAAAGGUGAAUUUUUAUAAAAUGACAUUCAUGGUGAAGGUACCUACAUUUGGCCAGACAAAAGAGUUUAUAGAGGAUCAUGGAAGAAGAACAAAAUGCAUGGGAAAGGAUAGAUAAUCUGGCAAGAUGGAAGGAAAUAUACUGGAGUAAUAAGUUAGUUCUAAAAUAGGAAUAUGAAGAAGAUAAAAAACAUGGUAAAGGAGUUUUCGAAUGGGCUGAUGGAAGAAAAUAUAUAGGUACUUGGAUUCAAGGUAUGUAAAUAUACAUUUGUAAAAGGUAGGUAACAUGGAAUUGGAAUUUACUAUUUAUAAAAUAAAGAAGUGAAAGUAGGAGAAUGGAAUGAAGGAAAAAGAAUUAAGUGGUUUGAAAAAAAUGAAAUAGAUUAAUUAAUUGAAGAAUAGAAAAUUAAAAGGGAAGAUUUAUAACAGUCUGAUUGA